CCCUUCUCAGCACUCACCAUGUCGACUCCGGGUUCAGCAGAAGAAGACGACUCCAGUCCAGAGCCCUUAGCCCUUACUGAAGAUGAAGUUACUUGUUCUCAAAUUCGUGCUUUCUUGGCCUCGGCCGAAGAGGUAGACAUGGAUCCGGAGACUGUUGAGGAGCUCGUGCAAACACUCAUCACGAAAUCCACUGACAACGCUGCUCUGCAUAUAACGAAUGAAUCUGAGGCUGGCCUUGAUCUUCGGGUCUCUGAACGAGACAUGACAAUGUUGUUUUCCGCGCUAGACGCAGAGCUACAAAGUUGGUCGCAUCAACAGAUUAGAGCCAUGCUCCACCACUUGAAAGAACGCGGUGCUGCUUCAUUUAUGGAGGAAUAUGUCGUCAAGCGCAACAUUUCAAUACCGCAACUCCUCCUGGCUUUCGACAUUGAUCUUAGCCCUGCUCUCCAAACGAUGUCUUCGAUCACUCUCGUCUACUUCCUCAGAGUCGCUAUGAGUCGGGAACUCCAACUACGCGAUAAGUUGCCCGACUACAACACAGUGGAAGAUGCAGUGCGCCUCAUUCGAGAGUCACGUCGGAUGAUAAUACUCACAGGUGCUGGUAUAAGUGUUUCCUGCGGUAUUCCAGACUUCCGCUCCCAAGACGGCAUCUAUGCUGCAUUGAGACAAAGUGGCCAGUACGAACUUGAUGAUCCUCAACAAAUGUUCGAUAUUCGUUAUUUCCGUGAAAAUCCGGCAGGUAGGUUGAUUCCUCUUCUACCCAUUGUUCCGACAACGAGAACAGUCUUUUAUUCUUUUGCUCACCAAAUAUAUCCCUCAAAUUUUACCCCAUCCCCCUGCCACCGCUUCAUCAAGCUGGUCGAAGACAGGAACCAGUUGCUGCGUAACUACACACAAAACAUUGACACACUUGAAACCCUGGCUGGCGUAACUCGUGUUCUCCAGUGUCAUGGGUCAUUCGCGACAGCCAGCUGUCUCUCGUGUCAACGACAAGUACAUGGGUCUGAAAUUGAAGCCGAUAUUCUUGCCCAAGUCGUCCCAUUGUGUUCAGUCUGCAACGUACCCACACCAGCUCCAAAAGCAAAGAAGAAAAGGAAAACGAGUACACCUUGGGACAGCGGAGAUGAUGACGAGGAGAACGAUCAUCCAGCCUAUCCGCCUUGGGUUAUGAAGCCGAAUAUUACUUUUUUCGGCGAAAAGCUUGGAGAUAACUUUGAUCAAUCGCUUGCCGCAGAUAGAGAGCAGGUCGACUUAUUACUGGUCGUUGGCACCUCGCUCAAAGUAGCACCCGUUGCCGAUAUACUUGCCCAUUUGCCUCACUCUGUUCCUCAAAUUCUGAUCAACAAAACUCCAAUUCGGCACAUUAAUCCCGAUAUCGUACUACUUGGGGACGCCGAUGACAUCAUCUUACACCUCUGCUCGAGGUUGGGCUGGGAGCUCCCACUAUCAACUGCCGAAGCAGGACUCAAGCCUGCUUUACUGCGCGAAAGUACGAGAAAGAGGUCGACAGCUGAUUUACAUGCUCAGCAAGAGCCCCGGAGGAUUGGUAAUAGUCAUAUCUGGGCCUUUGAAGGCGCAGAAGGUGGCGAAUGGCUCCAGCAAAUUGAGGAAGCGAUGGCUGCCUUGGAAGAUAGUAAACCACAAAACGAGUCCAUUGCCACAGAGUCUGAGAAGCACGCCAAAAAACCGCGUUUGGAAUAG